AUUAGAGUAAACAAAAAUUAUUUUUACGACAUGGAAGGCCUGACUCCUGAUUUUACAAGAAAUAUUGCCGAAGAUAAACUAAAGGCAUUUCAAAUAGGUGCUAUGAGUAUGAUCAAAAAGCCAACAUCUAAAAAAAUUCAAGAAGAAAAUAAGAAAAAACAAGAUGAGAUAGCUACGGCUGAAAUAUAUCAAGAAUUUGUAUCAUCUUUUCAAGAAAAAGAUAGAUUAGGGAAAACAUUUGUUAGAGGUGAGAUAGUCAAUGCACAACCUGAUCAAAUUACCACAAUAAAAAGCAACAAAACUGGUCAAUUAUAUAAGCCCGUUUCUAAACUUCAAGAAACAAGUUCUAAAAAAAAAGAAAAGCCAAUUCUAGUUAAAAAAAAAGAUGACAAAAAGAAAAAGAGUAAUUUAGAACUUUUCAAAGAAGAAUUGCAAAAAAUACAAGAGGAAAGACAAGAAAGGAACAAACUAAAGCAAGAAUUGAGAGAAUCAAUUAAUAAAGGUGGAAAAAUUGAUCCAGCCAUUGAGUCCUGGCUUUCUACCGAUAAAGAUGAAGACCAUCUUUCGCCGUCGCUUGGAGGGAUGCCUUCCCAUCUCAGCUCUGCACCAGGAAUGAGUGAUCAAUGGGACUCUGACCCUAAUACCACCAACAUAUUUUUGGCGAAUCUUAAUCCUAAAGUCAAUGAAGAAAAGCUCUGUGAGUUGUUCGGGGAAUUCGGGCCUCUAGCGAGUGUCAAAAUAAUGUGGCCUAGGACAGAGGAGGAGAUAGCCAGAAACAAAAAUUGUGGUUUUGUGGCCUACAUGAAUCGUAAAGAUGGCGAGAAAGCAUUGGAGAAACUUAGAGGUAUAGACCUCCAGGGUUACGAAAUGAAACUCGGCUGGGGCAAGCCGGUUCCUAUUCCGCCUCAUCCUAUAUACAUCCCGCCCCACAUGUUGGAGCUCACGCUUCCUCCUCCACCCUCUGGUCUCCCUUUCAACGCCCAACCUGUCAAAAAAACUCGCAAAGAUCAAAAUGAUGAUGAAAAAGAAGAUAGAAUUGAAACGAAUGCAAUUGAAGACGAUGGUGAGGGAUUUAAUUUGACCCCAGGAGGUAUUAUGCCACCCCUCGAUGUUCAUGGGAGGAAAAAGUUUGAGAAGACUCUCCACUCGGCUACCGUUAGGGUUGUCAUACCUACCGAAAGGCCUUUGCUUUGUCUAAUCCAUAGAAUGAUUGAAUUCGUUAUAAGGGAAGGCCCCAGAUUUGAAGCUAUGAUUAUGAACAGGGAACUGAAGAAUCCCAUGUUUAGGUUCUUAUUCGACAACAAAAGCCCUGCUCACAUAUAUUACCGCUGGAAAUUGUUUUCCAUUUUGAACGGUGAUACGCCUACCGAAUGGCGGACCAAGAAGUUUAGGCUUUUCAAGGGCGGAUCUUACUGGCAGCCUCCUCCGCCUUUCAAUACCUUCUCAGCAGCAUCAAAUCCACCUAUUAAUCCUACCAUUCAAAUAUCGUCUUCAUCUUUAUCCACUGGCAAAACAAAUCAACAAUUGCCUGAGAGUUUGCUACCUGAAAGUGAACUCAGACACAGCAAUACAGAAAGAUAUCCGAGGCGGGAGCCUGAGCCCAGAGAACUAUUGAGCCAGAGGCAAAGGGACAGAUUGGAAAACAUGUUACGCAAGUUAACCACGGAUAGAGAAAAGGUAUGUGAGGCGAUGCUAUUUUGCGUUGAUCAUUCCGAAGCGGCCCAAGAAAUCGUAGAAUGUUUGCACCAGUCACUUACUAUCCCUCAAACCCCGUUACUCAAAAAAUUAUCUAGAAUUUACCUCAUAUCCGAUAUAUUGUACAAUUGCAGUUCCAAAGCUCCCAACGUGUCUUAUUUCAGGAAAAGCUUUCAAAGACAAUUGCCCGCCAUUUUCAGGGAUAUACAAAAAUGUUACAAGGACAUCAAAGCCAGAUUGAAGGCCGAACAGUUUAAACAAAAAAUCAUGAGUUGCUUAAAGGCUUGGGAGGAUUGGGAUAUAUAUCCCGGAGAUUACAUAUGCCAGCUACAAAACAUCUUCCUAGGAUUGCAAACAGAUAUCAAUGUCAGAACCAAUAUUCUAUACAAACGAUACCAAGAACCUUUGCUGAGCUUGAUAAAUAACGGUCAAAAUUCGUUCGCUCAAAAACAAGAAUCAUUAUCAUUUCAGCUAAAUCAGGAUACAGAAGGUUUCGACUUGGACGGCGCACCUCUGGAUAUUGCUGGUAACGAAUCGGAAUUGUUGGCGGACAAACGGUCGCGGAGUGACAUAGCCCCAACAAAACUCUCCAUCUAUGAAGAUUUAUAUUCGGAUAACGACGAAAACAGCAAGCUGGAAGACAUAGAUGGGCUACCUUUUACCAAUCUCAAAAAUCCCGUUUUAGACAAUUCAUCCACAUUACAAAAUGCCAGCAUUAAUACCACUGCUAACAUAGUCGGGGCAUUUGUUAAAUCCAAAUGGGAAGAGGUGGAUGAAACUACUUUGCAAGCCCAAGUAAUGACCACAUCCAAAUGGGAAACACUAGAGGAUCCCGAAAAAUACUAUACGGAAAUUCAAAAUACUCCACCUUCUGAGCAUGACGACGAAACGGAUGCGCCGAUCAAUAACGGAUUGUUUUCUCAAAGAUUACAUGCCGGAGAGGAAGAAGAGGAUAUAGACGGAGAAGCAAUGGUGGAACCAGCCUUGGCAUCUACCUUAAACAUGGAACACAUUAGCCAGGACAAGCGUUCCAAAUUGAGGGAAAUCGAGUUGAAAGUGAUUCAAUAUCAAGAUGAUUUGGAAAGCGGAAAAAUAAGCAAAAAGUUUGGGUUAAGCCAGCAGGAACAAGUCCAGAAAUACAGAAUUAAACUCUUGAACUCUCCCAAUUACUCCGAUAUACGUUCAACAAAUAACACUCCUCACAAAUCUUCAUCCUCUAACACUCACUCUGAACAACAUAAGAAAUCCAGACAAGGAUCCAGGGAGGCACCCAAAGAUUCCUCUAAUAAACACUCGUCCACUGGUAGUCGGAAAAAAAGCAAAGACGAGGGCAGCAGUAGUAAUAAAAAGCGAAGAUCUGUUUCGACAAAUUCAUCUUCGUCCAAAAGAGUUCGCAGGAAAUCUAACGAUGAUGGAAAAAACAAGAAAAACAAAGAACAUAAAAAAGAUGACCGGAAGGACAAAAAUUCGGAAUCGUCUAAAAAACAUGGCAGCUAUCAUUCUUCCAAAAAAUGAAUAAAGAUAUUUCUAAUAUUUAUGCCAUAAAAAUUAUAUUUAUAUUGUACAUUAUUCAUAUUGUUUCGUUUAACAAUCGAUCAUAAAAUUUAGGAAAAUAAGAUGAAACAAUUUUAAGAUGAGAUGAAUUUGGCCAGUCC